GGGAGGGGCUCCGGCGUCAGCGGAAACGAGACAACUCGCUGUCGACGCAGUAGUUUAUUCCUCUGCGGAGUUCUUGAAGUUUAAUCCGAAGGGAGGCCACUUCUCUGACGAUUUGCCACUAUGAUUAUACCUGUGAGAUGCUUCACGUGUGGAAAGAUCGUGGGAAACAAAUGGGAAGCAUACCUCGGUCUACUUCAAGCAGAGUACACUGAAGGUGAUGCCCUUGAUGCCCUUGGCCUGAAGAGGUACUGCUGUCGGAGGAUGCUGCUUUCUCACGUGGAUCUCAUUGAGAAGUUGUUGAAUUAUGCACCGCUGGAAAAAUAACCGGAACAACAAUAUGGACUUCACUGUGUUUUGACUGUCAAGUUUUUGUUCUGUUAAUAUGUGGCUACAAAUGCCAACCUCUGUGAAAAUGGAUUGCUGCACCUAUUUUUUCUAAAUAAAGCUGUUAACAUUUAGACCUGUA